AUGUCGCAUUCUCCUCAGGAGCUCAAGGGGAUCGCCAUUGCAGGGCGAGUCUCUUCAGUUCUCUCGAUUCUAGGUUCAUUCACAAUAGUCGGCGCCUUUGCUCUUUCGCGGCACUUUCGGAGUCCCAUUCACCGUAUAAUAUUUUUCAAUUCCUUCUAUAACCUGUUCGACUCUGUCGCUACGAUGAUAUCUACUAGUGGACCUGCAGCUGGAAAUACUUCAUCGCUAUGUCAAUUCCAAGGCUUUGCUCUUCAAAUGUUUCCAGUAGCUGACGUGCUCUGGACAUUCGCAAUGGCCUUGGAUACAUACUUGGUUGUCUUCUAUCAUUUUGAUACCCAAUCUUUGCGCAAGCUCGAAAUCAAAUACAUUGGUAUUAUUACCAUUCUCUCGUUUAUCCCUGCCUUUGUCUUCCUCUUCAUCCGUGACCAUAAAGGUCCUAUAUAUGGUGACGAGACUAUCUGGUGCUCAGUAUCUCGCAAUUGGAUGCUCCUGCGCAUAAUCUUCUAUUAUGCACCCGUAUGGCUGAUAAUAGUCAUCGUCCUAAUACUAUAUUGUCUCAUCGGAAUCGAGAUAACCAGAGUCCGCGACGAGUUCAAAUUGAGCACUGACGAUCAUAUCGCCCUGACCUCUGGUAAUUCAACCACCAGUGUCACAACAACUGAGGAAGCGAAUUCCCAGAGAAAACAUACUUUCACCCCUGAAUCUAGUACAACAACCGAUGACACGGAACAAAAUAUGUCCCAACAUCCACCUCCAUCCAGAAAAUCAACGACAACUUAUCAAACUCCGAAACAGAGACGUGUGUCGCUGAGACAAUACGUGAUCAUGCCAUCGCUGUUCUUCCUUGCUAUGUUAGCAACAUGGAUUGCACCUACUAUCAACCGUAUAUCGGAAUUCAUUCAUCAUAAGCAUGGGACCUAUUCACUGCUGCUCUCUGUGAGUACGUUGGGGUCCCUGCGUGGGUUUUGGAAUGGUGUUAUUUUCAUAACUAUCGGUAUGAAAGGGUGGAAGAGACGAGUUUCGGAGAGGAGAAUGGCUCUUAGACAG